GUCGAGUGGUGACAGCAAACGUAUUUAGUAAAAUAUUUAAAACGUAAAGUAAAAUAGAUAAUGUGAUAAAUAAUGUUGAAUCAGAAUUGAACAGUAUUACCUAGUUAAAUCGAUUCUAUAAUAUGGACAUUGUUGGUGAAAGUUUUAUGUUGAUGUGCCUAAAUUACCUUUGAUAUUCAAGAAAAUACUGUACUAGUUAAGCUUCAAAGAUGAAAAUCAAAUUCCGCAUAUCCGAUUUCCUCGUACAUGCUCUGAAAAGGCAUAAUCAAAGAAUUUUUCAAAAAUUUCGACGUUCUUUUAAAACAUAUACCUGCUUGAUUCUAGUAACUGGAAUGUUAUUAUACUUUUACAAUUUUCAGUUGCAAGAAACCGACUCUCUCCGCGCCCCAGAAGGUGCAUUGAGAGUUAAUAAACCAAUCAAUUAUUUAAUAAACACAUCGACAUGCCAAAUUCCCAAUGAUGAUCCUUUCAACGACGACGUCAUGCCAUUUUUGAAAGUGGAGGAACGAAGUGAGUGCUCCAAGUACGGUCUACUCAGUUACAUCGACAAGAAAAAUGGUGUAGCUACUUUAAACGUGAACAAAUCUCUUUUGAGUACUUACAGCAAUAUGCCCAUCACCUGCUGUUAUUCAAAUAUUACUAGAACAAAUUAUGAGUUUUCUCCGGACAACGAAAUUAAGCUAUCAUCUUGUGUUCCAUUUGAAAGCGUAGUGCUUUACUACCCGUACGUGCAAGUAAACUGUUACAAUGUCCUAAAAAAUGUUUAUACUAACGUUCAUGCGACAGCUUUAUACCGGCCCCGCAAGCGGGAAAACUCGGAAAAUUCUAAAUUUAGCGUCUUGCUUUUAGGCAUAGACAGUAUGUCGAAAUCCAAUCUGAUUAGAACAAUGCCGAAGACAUUCCGGUACCUGGAAGAUAAUUUCUACAAUUUGAGAGGAUAUACUAAAAUAGGGGAAAACACGUUACCGAAUUUAAUGGCAAUUCUUUCUGGUCACAAUAUGGAUCAGCUAAACAGUUUCUGCAAUGACUCAGUGAAAUUUAACAACUGCAAAUUUAUUUGGGACAAGUUUAAAGCAUUAGGCUACGUUACUGCGUAUCUGGAAGACGAAGUAGAAAUUAGUACUUUUAAUUACAAUAGAGCCGGAUUCUCAGAGGAACCAACGGAUUUAUAUUACCGCGCUUAUAUGAUCGCCUCGGAAAAACUGAAGCUGGUACUUCGGUACGGUUUGUAUUAUUGCACCGGUCCCGAAGUGGCCGGAGAAAGGGUAUUAAACGCUGCUAAAGAUUUCGCGAUUACUUUCAAAGACUCGCCUAGUUUCGGUUUAUUCUGGGCCAAUAGUUUCAGUCACAAUGACAUAAAUCUACCUAGUACCAUGGACGAGUCGAUGCUUAAUAUGUUAACUGAUCCAGAACUCUUGCGAGCAAUGGAUAACACUAUACUUAUUUUGUUCAGCGAUCACGGAUUUAGAUUCGGGGAUAUUCGAUACACCCAUUCCGGAUGGUUGGAAGAAAGGCUCCCCUUCAUCUACUUCCACUUGCCGGAAAAAUUUAAGAGGAUCCACCGUGAUAAAUUCGACAACUUCAUGACCAACACCCGUAGACUGACCGUUCCUUACGACGUGUUUAACACUUUACAAGAUAUUUUAAGAAUGGGAAAUCCUUCUUACGUCGUUCAACCGAGCGAAGGUUGUAUUAGUUGCCAAUCUUUGUUCGCGGAAGUACCGGAAAACCGGACUUGCAACGACGCCCAACUCUCGAAACAUUGGUGUACGUGCAAAGGGCACGUAUACAUCGAUCCGAAUUCCCCUCAAGUGCGUUCGUUAGGCGACAGAGUAGUGAACAAAAUCAACGAUCGAAUCGCCAAUUCUUCAGAGGGAUACUUGUGCUCAACGUACAGCUUUCGUAGAUUUAUCGCCAGCGGAAUUUCCAAACCGUACGUGAAUUCGAAAAACCAGUCUGUAAAUUAUUAUCUGCUAAUGAUCGAAACCAAUCCUAGAGCUAUGUUCGAAGCGACGAUUGAGGUGUCUGUAGAAUCCAACGAUAUCGUUGAGGUUUUUGGGCUCGGUAGAAUAGAUUGGUAUAAACCGGUCACUUGGUGCAUUAGAAAAAGUCAUAUUAAGGGGCUGUGCUAUUGCCCGUGGUCGUCAGUGUUUGGAUAUGUAAAAAAUGUGUUAUUUAACAUAACUUAACACUGCAAUUGAAUUUAUUGAAAUAAGAACAACACCUCAGUCUAAGUAAAAGAAAAGUUGAAUUCAAGGAACGAUUUCCAAGUGUUGACGACUGAUUAAAUUUUCUUUAGGUACAUAAAGCUCUGAUUGUUUGCAAAUGAGUGUAUUUUUAAAUAAAAAUAUUUGUGUUUAAACUUAUUUAAUAGAUUUU